UAGCGCAACCCAUGCGUUGCUAGCGAAAACAUCCCCGUAUCUGCCAGCUAGAUUAUUACGUAACUACGUCCUCCGGCAAAACGCAUCGCUACAUGAAUCUCCCAUCUGAAAGAUGGAUGACGGUUCAGAUGAUGCCCGCAAGCGGUUCAUCCUAUCCAUGGCUGGACACUUCUAUGGGUUGAAACCUUCAUCCUGUUUAGAAGACAGUCUGGAACUCAACAACUUUCUUGAUGAUGGAAAUGAAUUUGUCCUGGCUGUCAGCAGGCAUGAAAAUGACAUGCAUCUAUCAAAUAAGAUUGCAGUAUCUGGGGAUAGCACAGAGAAGUUGCUGGUCUUCUUCAAAUCACAUCCAACAGUAAUCACAGAGGAGAACCUCCACCAAAGCCUCCUGGUUUCCUCCAUGUUGGAAUCUCCCAUCAGCACCAUUUACCAAGCUGUCAAACAGGUCUUUGCCCCUGUGCUGCUCAAGGAUGAGCGUUGGAGCUCAGUCUUUGACCCUAAGCUAUCAGGCCUGCUGAGUGAGCUGGAGCUGGGCCUAGGCUCGGUUGUCUGCCAGUCUCGAGCACAUCAGCCCUCUAAGACGAACUGCAAGGAGGAGGAUGUGCUAGGUAUCCUAACUCCCUCUGAUGAGUUCCAGUACUGGGCAGAUCUCUCUGAGUCCGGGGAGAUAAGUGGUAUGAGAGAAAGGGCAGCACACUUUGUUGAGCUCUUCAAACCCAUAAAAACGGAGUAUGAGGGUCUGGAUGGCCUUUCUAUGUCUGAUACUGAGGAUUUGGUGGAACAGAGCAGAGAUGUUCUGGAUGACAUCUGGAGGCAGACUGACUACGAACUGUAUACAGAGACACGUAUGCGCCGGCUCAUGGAUGUUAUAGGUGCUGCGCUUGGUAGACAUGUCCAGAGGAAGCUGAGCGGCAUAAAAAUCUUUGGAGAACCAUUUAUAUCUAUCAGAGACAACCUGAGACUGGGUGUUACCAUCUGUGAGCAGUGGGUUGUAGCCUGUGAGCAUCUGACUGGGCAGGUGUGGAGAAGACAUGCCCCCAAUCCAUGGAAGGGAGAUAAGCACUACCCCCAAACUCUGCACUGCCUAGCAAAGCGACUGGAUGAGGUGGUUAUGCUGCGCACAGUCCAUGAGAAGCUGCUGCGUUUGCUACCGGGGGGAAAUCAGCAGGCUCUGACUCCUGAACGUAUAUUUGAACCUUUCUCCGGACUCAAUCCGCUACACUACAACCCCUACACCGAGCCUCUUUGGAGAGUUGCGGUUGCCCACUUUGAUCGCGCUAUGGCUCCAUCAGAGCAGGAUGUGGCUGGCAGACUGAAGUGUUACAUUGCAGAUGUGCAGGACAACCCUCAACAGCUGCUGCAGGUUUUCCGGAAGCACAGGGAGUUGAUCAGACGCCCCACUGUCAGCAAGGAGUUGCAGUCAGAGAGAGAGACCCUAUUGGCCAGGCUGCUGGACUACAACAAGGGCCUGAGGAUGAACUUUGAGAGUCGCUGCCAUGGUGCCCCGGGAGAGAAGUCUGGGCCGCUCAUUGGCAGGAACCUCCCUGAGGUGGUCAACAAAAUUGUCUGGGUUCGAAACCUCAUACAUCAGGUAGAGGACUCCGUUCGUAUUGCAGAGGCUCUGCUCUCUGAUCUGUCUGGGUUCCGAGGGUUCCUGUGUUUUUGCGAUGACGUGCUGGAAGUUUUGAGGGCCUAUGAACAAGAGCAAUUCGAGGAUUGGUCCCGAGAUGUUCUGUCUGGGGUGGCUGACCCAAAGUCUGGAAUCAGUUUCCAGGCCAGUAACUGUGUCAUGGAGCUUGACCAUGUGGAUGGCCGGCUGAAGGUUAAUUAUUCGGAUAGACUGGGGACUCUGCUCAGGGAGGUCAGACAACUCUCUGACAUGGGCUUUCCUAUCCCAGCCAAGAUACAGAGGGCUGCUGCUACUGCUGACAAGUUCCACAGACAGGCUAUUGUCCUAAAACAGGUGGCCAAUUUCUACAAUACCAUAGACACGCAGAUGAUUCCCUCCCAGAGACCCAUGAUGCUCAGUCUAGCGCUGGUCUUUGAGCAGGUCAUAAAGAAUCCUCGAUCCCAGUCAAAAGAGUCAGGUGGUAAGCUUCAGAUCACCUGGGAUAACCCCAAAGAACUGGAAGUUUACAUCAGUAAGCUACAGUCUGCUGCCGAGAAACUCUCCAUAGAAAAUCGGAAACUGCGCAAGUGGCACACUGACUUCACUGAAAAGGUGGUGACUGUCAUGAAUGUGGACCUACUGAGACAUCAGCAAUGCUGGAAAGACACCCUGCUGGAGCUCCGCACAGGUUUUGCCACUCUUGAGACGCAGGGAUUCAGAUCAGAUGAUAUGCGUGCAUGGCGUCAGCACUGGAACCAUCAGCUGUAUAAGGCCCUAGAGCACCAGUACCAGAUGGGACUUGAAGCUUUGAACAAGAACCUCCCUGAAAUACACAUAGACCUCACUUUCAAACAGGGCCGUCUGCAGUUCCGCCCUCCCUUCGAGGAGGUGCGAGCACGUUACUACAGAGAGAUGAAGAGGUUCAUCUGUAUCCCUAACCAGUUCAAAGGGGUCAGUGCCCAGGGCGAGGAGCUCAUCUUCAGUGCCAUGAUUGACAGGAACGCCUCAGGGUUACUCACCGUCUUCAGUAAAGCCGAGGACCUCUUCAGCCGCUUGCUGGCUGUACAGGAAAAGUUCAAGGAAUGGGUGGUGUUGGGCCAGAUUGACAUAGAGAGAUUGGUGGAGAAAUAUCUGGACUCAGUGCAUGACUGGGAGAGAAACUUCAAGGCCUUGAAGGGCCGGGGGAAGGAGUCGGAACGUUUGCCCAGUCAGGAGAGGGUAGACUGCAUCAUAGUGAGCUGUGAACCGGUCAAGGCUGUGAUCGAUGACCUGAUCCAGAGGCUGUUUGACACCCUGGUUAUGUCGCUCAGGAAGUCCAUACAAGGACACGUCCAGACCAUAGAGAGCUUCGUGUCGGAUUCCAUGCAGGCCCUGUCCACUCGCCCAGAGAGUAUAGAAGAGAUUGGCGAGGCUAAUGCCAGACAUAGCCGGAUACAAGCCUGCAAACCUGAGAUUCUUCCUCAAUUUCAAUGUGCCGAAGAAAAGAACCGCUUACUCCGUGCGGUAGCAGGUGGUGGCCUGGACUCUCUGUCUUCCCUGAAAGCCAAAUGGGAGAAGCUAGAACUCAUCAUGGAGAGUCACCAGCUCAUGAUCAAAGAGCAGGUGGAGGUGAUGCGUAGUAAUGUAACAGGCUGUAUUCACGCCUAUAGAGUGGAUCUGGAGAGAUUCAGGGCCCGCUGGGACCAGUUGAAGCCUAAGGAUGAGGUUUUAGAGACGGGUGACCAAGCUGCCCUUCUGGUCUGCCUUCAGACCAUCAGGGACAAGCAGCAAGAAUUUCAGGAGCUGGAGCUUGUGCGCACUAAACUAUUUGAGGGUUGUGCCCAUUUUGACUUGGAGCCUCCAGACUUCUCUCUAGCACUUGAAACCCUGAGGGACUUGGAGGACCACAGUCAGAUGUGGUCUCUGUAUGAGGAAUGGCAGCAGGGCUUUACAGAGAAAGCCCAGGAGGAUUGGAUCACAUUCAGGGGUAGGACAUACAUGUUUGAGGAAUUUCUGUUUGGGUGGCAGGACAGACUUAGAAAGUUGGAGCAACCAACCGUCAUGUCUGUCAAACUGCAGUCAGAGGUGGACAAGUACAAGAACCUGAUCCCAGUGCUGAAGUAUGUGCGCGGUGAACACCUCUCCCAGGAUCACUGGCUGGAUAUGUUCCGCUUGCUGGGUCUCCCCAGAGGUACUACAGUAGAGAGGCUCACCUUCAGUGACCUGCUCAAUGUAGCAGACACCAUCAUAGAAAAAGCUCAGGAACUUAAGGAUCUGAACAGCCGUGCCCAGGCAGAAGUGACGAUCAGAGAGGCCCUUAGGGAGCUAGACCUGUGGGGAGCUGCCGCAGCCUUCAACCUUACUGACUACACAGACAGCAGUGGGCACACACUCACCUUGAUCAAGGACUGGAAGGACAUAGUCAAUCAAGUGGGAGAUAACCGUUGUCUACUGCAGUCUUUGAAAGACUCUCCAUACUACCCAGGCUUCCAGGACAAGGUGAAUCUUUGGGAAGUGCGUUUAUCAGAUCUGGAUGAGUACCUGCUAAGUUUGAACACUAUCCAGAGACGAUGGGUUUACCUGGAACCUAUCUUUGGACGGAGCGCCCUGCCCAGAGAGCAGGCCCGUUUCAAACGGGUUGAUGAGGACUUCAGGUCUAUAAUGUCAGACAUUAAGAGGGACAGCAGAGUGGUGUCUCUUAGCUCAAGGGCCGGCAUCAGAAACUCGUUGAUAACCAUACUUGACCAGCUGCAGCGCUGCCAGAAGUCCCUCAAUGAGUUCCUGGAGGAGAAGCGCUCUGCUUUUCCUCGGUUCUAUUUUAUCGGAGAUGAUGAUCUGCUGGAAAUUUUGGGCCAGGCAACCAAUUCAGCCAUUAUCCAGUCACACCUCAAGAAACUUUUUGCUGGCAUCAACAGCGUGCAGUUUGAUGAGCAGGGCCAGCACAUCGUGGCCAUGUGCUCUUUAGAGGGGGAAGUGGUGCCUCUCAAGAACCUGGUACGCAUCUCCAACCAUGUGGAGGUAUGGCUGAGUGAGCUGUCAACAGAAAUGAAGAAGACUCUACAACACUUGCUGUAUGAGUGUGUGUCAGCAGGGAAGAGGGGAGCAGUGGACCCCUCACACUAUCCUUCACAGAUUCUGUGCCUGGCAGAGCAGAUCCAGUUUACCGAAGAUGUAGAGAAAGCUCUGAGAGAGCAGAGUCUGCAGCAACUGGAGCUGGAGCUCACCGCUAAACUUGAACACUACACCACUGUAGACAACAGCUCCAAUGAAAAUGUUAACACAGAGUCUAGUGUCCUGCAGCUGAAGCUGAAGGCCUUAAUCCUGGACAUCAUCCACAACAUCAGUGUGGUAAAGCAGCUGAGCCAAGCAGGAGUCAGCAGCCUGGAUGCCUGGGCCUGGAGGAAGCAGCUGCGCUUCUACAUGGGACCAGACAAAUAUUGCCACAUACACAUGGUCGACGCACAGUUCAUCUAUACUUACGAAUACCAGGGGAAUGCAGCUAAGCUGGUGCACACACCACUGACUGAUAAGUGCUACCUGACUCUGACGCAGGCCAUGAAGAUGGGUCUUGGAGGGAACCCCUACGGGCCAGCUGGCACAGGCAAGACAGAGUCAGUGAAAGCCCUGGGGGGGCUGUUUGGACGCCAGGUGCUGGUGUUCAACUGUGAUGAGGGUAUUGAUGUGAAGUCUAUGGGCCGUAUAUUUGUGGGCUUGGUAAAGUGUGGAGCCUGGGGCUGCUUUGACGAGUUCAACCGUCUUGAGGAAGCUGUGCUGUCUGCUGUCUCAAUGCAAAUCCAGGCCAUCCAAGACUCCCUGAAACACCACAAACACUCCUGCGAGCUCUUGGGGAGAGAGGUGGAGCUGGACCCUAACUCAGGGGUUUUUAUCACACUAAACCCAGCAGGGAAGGGCUAUGGAGGAAGACAGAAGCUGCCAGACAAUCUUAAGCAACUCUUCAGGCCUGUAGCCAUGACCAGGCCAGACAAUGAGCUCAUAGCCGAGGUCAUCCUCUACUCUGAGGGUUUCAAAGAUGGAGAGAUGUUGGGACGCAAGCUGGUUGCUAUUUUCAACCUUGCCAGGGAGCUGUUGACCCCCCAGCAGCAUUAUGACUGGGGUUUGCGUGCUCUGAAGACAGUAUUAAAGGGAUGUGGCAGUCUGCUGCAGCAACAGAGGAGGAGCAAUGACAAAAACUCAAUCCAGGAGAGUGGUCUGGUGGUGCAGGCGUUAAGGCUGAACACAAUGUCCAAGCUGACGUUUGCCGACAGCUCCAGGUUUGAUGCCCUAGUCAGAGAUGUCUUCUCUGGGGUGAAUUUCACGGACAUAGAGGACCAGAUCCUAACACAUGCCUUGGAGCAGGCCUACAGGGAGGCCCGUCUGGAGCUUAUACCCAGCCAGCUGAAGAAGGCAGUGGAGCUGUACGAGCAGCUGAGGCAGCGUAUGGGAGUGGUGAUCGUAGGACCCAGCGGAGCAGGGAAGUCCACCCUCUGGAGGAUGCUCAGGGCUGCUCUUACCAAGAUGGGCAAAGUGGUCAAGCAAUACACAAUGAACCCCAAGGCCAUGCCAAGACAACAGCUCCUGGGGCACAUAGACAUGGAUACCAGAGAGUGGGCUGAUGGAGUCCUCACACACAGUGCCAGACAGGUGGUCAGAGAACCUCAGGAGGUGAGCUCAUGGAUUGUGUGUGAUGGAGACAUUGACCCGGAGUGGAUUGAGAGCCUGAACUCAGUGCUGGAUGACAAUAGACUGCUGACCAUGCCCAGCGGAGAGCGUAUACAGUUUGGACUCAAUGUCAACUUCCUAUUUGAGACCCAUAACCUCAGCUGUGCUUCCCCGGCAACCAUAUCACGUAUGGGCAUGAUCUUCCUCAGUGAUGAGGACACCGAUGUGGGUGCUUUGGUGACGUCAUGGCUGAGGGGUCAGCCGGAGGAGUGCUGUGGUAACCUGGAAAACUGGCUCGGAGACUACUUCCACCGUGCCCUCGACUGGGUCCUCAAACAGAAUAACUUUGUGGUAGAAACUAGUCUGGUGGGUACAGUGUUGAACGGUCUGUCCCACCUCGGCGCUGUGAAAGAGCGAGGCCAGUUUGUGGUCAACCUCCUCAGAGGUCUGGGAGGAAACCUCCACCUCAAGACCCAGCAGGAGUUUGCCAAGGAGCUACUGAGCUGGGCAAGGGAGACCCCACCAGAGCCCAGAAAACCAUUAGACACCUAUUACGACCCUGACACUGGUCGCCUGGCGGCCUACACACUCCAGCGGCCUGAAGGGCUCAGUCUGGAGCAGCUCUCUCACCCACACUCGCUCCCCGUCAUCCAGACACCAGACAUGCAGCGAGCCCUGCACUGCUUCUCCCAGUGGCUCUCCGCUCAGCACAGACAGCCUUUUAUGGUGGUUGGGCCAGAGGGCUGUGGGAAAGGCAUGCUCCUGCGCUAUGCCUUCUCUCAGCUGCGCUCCACUCAGGUAGCUGUGGUCCACUGCAGUGCCCAAACAUCGUCUCGCCAUGUCCUGCAGAAGCUCAGCCAAACCUGCCUGCUUCUCAAUUCCAACACCGGGCGAGCUUACAGACCCAAGGACUGUGAGAACCUGGUGCUCUACCUCAAAGAUAUCAAUCUGCCCAAGCCUGAUAAGUGGGGCACAAGCAACCUCAUCGCCUUCCUGCAGCAGGUUUUGACAUAUCAAGGUUUCUAUGAUGAGAACCUAGAGUGGGUGGGCCUCGAGAACAUCCAAGUAGUGGCCUCGAUGUCAGCAGGUGGUGCUGUGGGGAGACACACACUCACCUCUCGCUUUUCUUCCAUUGUGCGCAUCUGCACCAUAGAUUAUCCAGACAGGGAGCAGCUGCAGACCAUCUACUCAGCCUACCUGCUGCCAGUUCUCCAGCAUAGCCUUGGCAGCCAGGCGGCUUGGGCCAGCACAGGGAGGACACAGCAGCUGGCUGGGUCUCUAGUGCAGGUCUACGAACAGGUCAAAGCCAAGUUUACAGUGGAUGAUCACAACCACUACCUGUUCACUCCAUGCAUCCUCACACAGUGGGUUCUCAGCCUGCUACGAUAUGACCUCACUACAGCUCAAUCUAAUUUGACAGACAGCGUGUUGGAGGUUGUGGUCUAUGAGGCCAGAAGGCUGUUCAGGGACCGCCUGGUCUCAUCCAAAGACCUCCACACCUUUGACAACAUCCUGUCAUCUGUCAUAAGGGGAGACUGGGGCUCUGAUGCUCUGGACAACAUGACAGAUGGUUUCUAUGUGACGUGGGGUGCGUCUGAGGGGGCUGUGAUGGCCCCAGGCCAGUCUCUGCUUCCCCAUGGUAAACCGCUUGGAAGACUGAACUCUGCUGACCUCAGACAGGUCAUACAGAAGGGUGUGGUCCUGUACAGUCGUGAUAACAAGGAGCUGGACCUCCUCCUGUUCUGGGAGGUGUUUGACUUUGUCUCCAGGGUGGAUCGGGUCCUGAGCCAACCUGGUGGUUCUCUGCUUCUGGCUGGAAGAAGUGGAGUCGGCCGGCGGACAGCCACAUGUCUCGUGUCACACAUGCAUGGAUACACACUCCACACGCCCAAGAUCUCCCGCAGUUACUCUCUCAAACAUUUCAACAAUGACCUCAAAAUGGUGAUGCAGCUGGCAGGCAUUGAGGGCCAACAGGUGGUUCUGCUGCUUGAAGAUUAUCAGUUUGUUCAUCCUGCUUUCUUGGAGAUGGUAAAUAGCCUGUUAUCAUCAGGUGAGGUCCCUGGUCUGUAUUCUCCAGAGGAAUUGGAACCACUUCUUGCCACUCUCAAAGACCCUGCAUCUCAGGAUGGAUUCACUGGACCACUCUACAAUUACUUCUUCUACAGGAUCCAGCAGAAUCUCCACAUUGUUUUGAUCAUGGAAUGCACCAACUCCAGCUUCACCAUCAACUGCGAGAGCAACCCAGCCCUCUACCGCAAGUGUUCUGUCCAGUGGAUGGAUGGAUGGUCAGACAGCAGCAUGAAGAAGAUUCCUGAGCUUCUGCUUGCAAAGAUGGAGGGGGAGGGAGAAGGGGAGAGGAAUGGAGGGGAGAAAGCCAAACAGAGAAGUAGUUCAGGUUCUUGCCAUGGGGAUAUUUGCCGUCUGUUCCAUAUGGUCCAUGAGUCAUGUAGAGAACAUGGUGCAACUCCCAGCCAGUACAUGGCCUUUCUGCAUGUGCAUACAGCAAUAUAUAGCAGCAAGCAGAGCCAGCUCAUAACCAGACAGCAGCACCUGCAGGCUGGCGUGUCCAAGUUGAACGAGGCAAAGGCAUGCGUCGAUGAAUUAAAGAGGCGGGCAGCAGAGCAGAGUACACUGCUGAAGACCAAACAACAGGAGGCAGACUCUGCCCUACAGGAAAUCACCACCUCCAUGCAGAAUGCCAGUGACCAAAAGACGGAGAUGGAGAAGAUCAAGAAGAAGAUGGCCCAAGAAGUAUCCAAAAUAGAAGAGAGGAAGGCCAAAAUAGAUGAAGAGCUGAAGGAAGUGCAGCCCCUGGUAGAUGAAGCAAAACAUGCGGUGGGGAACAUCAAGCCUGAAGCACUGUCCGAGAUCCGCUCCCUUCGCAUGCCCCCUGAUGUCAUCAGGGACAUCCUGGAGGGGGUGCUGAGACUGAUGGGCAUCUUCGACACUUCCUGGUUCAGCAUGAAGAGCUUCCUGGCAAAGCGUGGUGUGAGGGAGGACAUAGCUACGUUUGAGGCCAGAAACAUCACCCACGAGAUUCGCCAGAGUGUGGAGGAGCUGCUCCACAGAAACAAGGCCUCCUUUGACCCCAAGAAUGCCAAGCGGGCCAGUGCUGCGGCGGCCCCUCUGGCUGCCUGGGUGAAAGCAAACAUCCAGUACUCCCAUGUGCUGGAGAGGAUAGAACCGCUGGAGAGAGAACAAGCUGGACUGCUGGAAAACCUGAGGAAGACAGAGAGCAGGAAAAACAAGCUGGAGGAGCAGCUUAACUCAGUGGGAGCCAAAGUCACUGGACUGAAAGAGAAGUUUCAGUCUUGUACGACAGAAUCGGCCAAGUUGGAAGCUGAGGUGACGAAGGCCCAGGAGACCAUCACGGCUGCCCAGCAGCUCAUAUCGCAGUUGGACGGAGAGCACACACGCUGGAACACACAGGUGUCUGAGAUAAAGGAGGAGUUGGACACUCUGCCUAUGAGGGCCAUGCUGGCGGCAGCGUUCAUCACUUAUCUGUCUGCUGCCCCUGAAGACCACAGGAAACACUGUCUGGAGUUGUGGAUGGCUCAGUUGGGACUGCAGAAAUUUGACUUGCGGUCAUUUUUGUGCUCGGAGAGUGAGCAGUUGAUUUGGAAGAGUGAAGGGCUGCCAUCAGAUGACCUCUCUAUGGAGAAUGCACUGGUCAUCCUACAGAUUUAUAAACUCAAGUCACAGAGUGUUGCCUGUCCAUUCCUGAUCGACCCCUCAUCCCGUGCCACGGAGUGGCUACGCACACACCUCAAAGAACACAGACUGGAAGUCAUUAACCAGCAGGACAGUAACUUUAUGACCUCCCUGGAGCUGGCAGUGAGGUUUGGUAAAACCCUCAUCAUCCAGGAGAUGGAUGGAGUGGAGCCUGUUCUCUACCCCCUGUUAAGAAGGGACCUUAUCGCUCAAGGGCCCAGGUAUGCGGUUCAGAUAGGAGACAAGGUGAUUGAUUACAAUGAGGAUUUCCGGCUCUUCCUUGCAACUCGGAAUCCCACCCCCUCUAUCCCACCCGAUGCUGUCUCGGUGGUUACAGAGGUGAACUUCACCACCACCAGAGCCGGCCUGCGGGGACAGUUGCUAGCCCUCACGAUCCAGCAGGAAAAGCCAGAGUUGGAGACUGAAAAGACCAGAGUGCUACAACAAGAGGAAGACAAGAAGAUACAGUUGGCUCUGCUAGAGGAGUCACUGUUGGAGACCCUAGCUACAGCUCAAGGUAAUAUUCUGGAGAACAGGGAGCUCAGAGACAGUCUCAACCAGGCCAAGGCGAGCAGCGCUCUGAUCCACGAUUCACUGCUGGAGUCACAUAGGCUGCAGGCAUCACUGGACCAGGAGCGGGACGCCUACCUGCCUCUUGCAGAGAGCGCCAGUAAGAUGUACUUUGUCAUCACCGACCUGUCCAAGAUCAACCACAUGUACCGCUUCAGCCUGGCUGCCUUCCUGCGCCUUUUCCAGAGGGCUCUUCAGGCCAAGAAGGAAGCUGACAGUACUGAGGCUCGAAUUGCAGCUUUGGAAGUUAGCUUGACGAGUAUGGUGUAUGAGUAUGUCUGUCGCUCAUUGUUCAAGGCUGACCAGUUGAUGUUUGCCAUGCAUUUUGUCAGAGGGAUGCAUCCCGAGCUUUUCCAGGAGAAUGAAUGGGACGUCUUCAUUGGAUUCAUAGUUGGCGACAUGUUCAGGGAGAAGGUAAAUAGACAGUUCUGUCAGGAGUUCCCUUCCUGGAUUGAUCAGGAGAGACAUGGAGCUGUUGCCAUUUUCAAAUCCACAUUCCCUGCCCUUUACCAGUCUCUGUGUUUGAGCGACUUAGAGCUCUGGCUUUCCUUCUCCGUCAGCUCUCACUGUGAACAGGAAAUCCCACCCUCCAUCACUAAGAAGAUCACCCCCUUCCAGCAGGUGUUAUUAGUUCAGACAGUCAGGCCAGACAGACUGCAGAGUGCCAUGGCAGCCUUUGCUUCUCGAGAAUUGGGUAUCAAGGAGCUGUCCCCACCUCCUCUCAAUUUGCGGCGUCUCUACAGCGAGACGGUAGAAUGGGAGCCCGUGUUGAUCAUCAUCUCUCCCGGGGCAGACCCCUCCCAGGAACUGACAGAGCUAGCUACAGAAACUGUGGGGAGAGACCGCUACCAUGAGAUCUCAAUGGGUCAGGGGCAGGCCGAUGUGGCCUUAGCUGCACUCAGAGAAAGUUCAAUUAAUGGAGACUGGCUUUGUCUGAAGAACCUGCACCUGGUCACCGCGUGGCUACCCCUGCUAGAAAAAGAGCUGAAUGCGCUGCAGCCGAAGGCAGGCUUUCGUCUGUGGCUGACCGCAGAGGUUCACCUAAGAUUCCCUUCAAUACUGCUGCAGUCCAGCCUCAAGAUCACAUAUGAGGAUCCACCAGGCCUGAAGAAGAACCUAUUAAGAACUUACGAGUCCUGGACUCCAGAGCAGAUUAGUAAAGGUGGUGUCCUGGCAAGAGCCCAGUCUCUGUUCUGUCUGGCCUGGUUCCAUGCUGUCUGCCAGGAAAGACGAAACUACAUACCACAGGGCUGGACUAAAUUCUACGAGUUCUCUCUGUCGGAUCUGCGGGCUGGCUUUGAAAUUAUCGACAGGCUCUUUGAAGGUGGCAAGUCCUUCCAGUGGGAGUUUGUCCAUGGCCUUUUAGAGAGUGCCAUCUACGGCGGACGCAUUGACAAUCCCUUCGACCUCCACAUCUUAAGGUCCUACCUGGAGCAGUUCUUCUCCGUACGCCUCCUCUCCGCCUCUUCCUCUUCUGCUAGACAGAGGACGAGCAGAGGUGGAGCACAGCCCUUCCCAGCGCAGAUUAGUCUGCCGAACUCCUGCUCCAUACUGGACUACCGCAGGGUGAUUGACAAUCUCCCAGAGGACGACAGGCCGUCAUUCUUUGGUUUGCCUGCCAAUAUAGAGAGGUCUUCUCAGAGAAUUACCAGCUCGCAGGUGAUCUCCAGGCUGCGCGUCCUGAGCCGGUCAGUUGCUACAGGGUCAAAGUUCGAUAGAGAGCUCUGGUCCAAUGGGCUUUCACCUGUCCUCAACCUGUGGAAGAAACUAAACCAGGGUUCUAAUCUGAUCCACCAGAAGGUGGCCCCGCCCUCAGAAGGUCAUGGGUCACCUGUUAUGUCAUUCAUCAUCCUGGAGCAAUUUAACGCCAUCCGGCUGGUCCAGAGUAUCCACCUGUCCCUGGCUGCACUGAACAAGGUCAUUAGAGGGACCCACCUGCUGACUGCUGAGGUCCAAAAACUAGCCACGGCCCUGCUCAACCAGGAGUGUCCCUUGACUUGGCAGAAUAAGUGGGAGGGGCCUGAGGAGCCCAUGCAGUACCUCAGAGCUGUGGUGACGCGGGCCAUUGCCAUUCAGAGCUGGGUGGAGCUCGCGGGAAGACAAGCCCUUCUGUCAGACACGUUGGAUUUAUCUGACCUUUUCCACCCUGAUACCUUCCUCAAUGCACUGAGGCAGGAGACUUCCAGGUCCAUAGGUUGUUCUAUGGAUAGUCUGAAGUUUGUGACAUCAUGGAGGAGUCCCAUUACAGAGGCCAAGCUGCAAAUCAAGGUGGGGGGUCUGCAGUUGGAGGGUUGCAGUUUUGACGGUGCUCGUCUUUCGGAGAACCAGCACAACUCUCGCAGUGUGUCGGCCGUCCCGCCCUGCUACAUGGCCUGGGUCAGACAGAGCUCCGGCUUUGACUCCAGCCUUCCAGAGGAAAGUAUGUGGCUGCCUCUGUAUACGAGCCCAGAGAGGGUCAAGGUGGUCACCCAGGUCUCCCUGCCAUGCGGAGCAAACCCCAACCUCUGGAUACAAACCGGCGCGGCUCUCUUCCUCAGACAGCAGUGACGGGACGCUGUCUCGGUACUAAGGCCAAGAAGACCGGGGCCAGAGCCUGUAGAGGAUUCUGUCAUUACUGGGACCCAGGACACACGAUACAGCCUGAGUGAGGCAAGAAUAAGUCCUUCAUGAGAUGCUGUGCACAGAUCAAACUGUAAAUACCCCUUAUCCUGUGCCAGUAAUGAGACCGUGCAUUUUAAUCUUUAGCAUUGCUUCCUUGGAAAUCAGUGCAGCAUACACUUUCUUUAAUGUUGCAGUUACCCUCCUGGAGCAGCUUCCAACCCCUUACGUUGUAUUUCUCUCAGCUUGUUGUUGCUUUGAUGUAAUCAGCAUUGGUUAAGUUGUGCAGGUGAGACAGCACAUGCGAUGAUUGUCCUGUUUUGUGUGUUUUGGAUGUAUUUUGAGAGCAGAAUAAAAGAAGGGGGCGGCACGGUGGCGUAGUGGUUAGCACGGUCGCCUCACAGCAAGAAGGUCCUGGGUUCAAGCCCCCGGGGUAGUCCGACCUUGGGGGUCGUCCCGGGUCGUCCUCUGUGUGGAGUUUGCAUGUUCUCCCCGUGUCUGUGUGGGUUUCCUCCCGCAGUCCAAAGACAUGUAGGUCAGGUGAAUCGGCCGUACUGAAUUGUCCCUAGGUGUGUGUGUGUGUGGGCCCUGUGAUGGCCUGGCGGCCUGUCCAGGGUGUCUCCCCGCCUGCCGCCCAAUGACUGCUGGGAUAGGCUCCAGCAUCCCCGCGCCCCUGAGAGCAGGAUAAAAAGUCUGGAUAAUGGAUGGAAGGAUAGGUUUUGUUCAGAAAUGGAAAUUCACCAUCGAAUCUCAAUGGACAUUUUGCUGCAUAUCAAGUUUGAGCCUUUUUUUAUUUAUCUAUACUUGGUUUUAUAUUUGUAUUUAUAGUUGUAGUUUAAGUCAGACCACAAUACUUGA